AUGGCUCAAUCAGAAUUAGUCGUUGAUAAGAAUAUUUAUUCAAACACAUUUCCACGUUUUGGGAAACCUAUUAUUAUAGGAUACAUUGAAGUUAAUAAUCUAAAGUAUGCUCGCGAUAUUCGCGAAGGUAAUGUUAAAUUUGAUUUAAAUUUACAUAUAGAAAAAACAAAAAGAAAACCAAUAGAUUUAGAUGUAAAAUUAACAGAACUUCUGAAAUUUUUACUUGAACAUGAAGCGAGAUUAAACUUUCCCAUAACAAGUAAGUUAGAUGAUGCUUCUUUUUUUUGUUACCGUGGCUUGAUGACAUGUGUGGCGUGUACCCCAUAUGAAAAUAGGGAGCCUUGGAAAAUUGUUGCAUUACUAUAUAAAGGUAACAUCUACUUAUGUGCCCGAGAUACAGAAGAGAAACGUAGACAUAUAAUAUCAAUGACAGAAAAAGAUAAACAGUUUACAUCUUGGGGUUAUAAAUUUGAACAAUAUAUGUUAUCUAAUAAUCCUUCUUCAGAUCCUGAUCCAAAUGUACCUGUAGAUGAGACUGAAGAAUUUUCAUUGGUUUUUACUACUCAUUUAAAUAAUCACCGAAUUGUAUAUGGUGCAGAAAUGGAUGGUAUACGAUGUGAUAAGAAGACAGUUACAUCUUUGCCAGACUCAAAGGAAGAUGUUCAAAACAUUAUUAAUUAUUUAGCUUUGUAUGAUUUUAUAGAGCUUAAGACAAAUAGGCAUUUUGAUUCCUAUAGACAGGAAGAAAAUUUUAAGAAAUUCAAAACAAAAAAAUGGUGGUGUCAGUCAUUUCUUGUAGGAAUAGAUACAAUACUGUGUGGAUUCAGAAAUGAUUCAGGAAUUGUAGAAAAAUUAAAGUUAUUCCAUGUCAAUGACUUGCCAAAAAUUUCUAAGAAAUUUUGGGAUCCAAAUGUUUGUUUUAACUUUUUAGAUACAUUUUUCACUUUUGUCAAAAGAAGUUUGGCAAGAAAAAUAAGAGCCAAAUAUGGUGCUGAAGCUCUUAACAAUAUUCACAAAUUACCAUUAGUGAGUUUAUUAUUUGAAUGGGAACCCAGAUCACCCAUCUACGUGUCAGAUGACUAUUGUCAUGAAGAUGAUCCCAUAUUGCAUGAUUGGUUUUUGCAGAACUUUGGGUGUAGAAAUGAAGAGAAUCAUAUU